AUGCAUACGGGAGUUGAUAUCCUAUCGGGUGGUGAUCCUUUUUUCGAUGGGGCCUUCCUGCGCGAAAUCUUCCUUGGAAUUGAUUUUUUCUCCGAUGGCUGGCGUGGCCUGCGCGACACGCUGCACUACCCCGGUCUGCCGCGCGACGUGUGUGCGACUGUGCUGACGACGGGGCUCGUCGUUGCAUGGUUGAGGCUCUUCGACCUGCUCGCGCGACGAAACUUGGUCGAGCGGAAGCUGAGUCGCAAGGUCCUUCACAUCACUAUCGGUCUCUUUUUCGUCUUCGUCUGUUGGCCGCUCUUCAGGUACGACCACUCCUCAGGCACGACCGCUCUUCAGGUGCGACCUCCCCUCAGGUACGACCACUCUUCAGGUGCGAUCUCCCCUCAGCGCGUAUCCGCAGGCGCGGUUUUUUGCGGCGGCGGCCCCCGUGACGACGGCGGUGCAGCUCUUGCUGCUGGGGCUGGGCGUCACGCGCAGCGACGGGAUCGUAAAGUCCAUGAGCCGCAGCGGCAGCAAGAGGUGAGGGAAGGGGAAACAAGCGGGAAGGGAACGCGCGGGAAGAACGCGGUGGGGCCGGGUUUCACGCGCAACGAUAGGAUCGGAAAGUCCAUGAGCCGCAGCGGCAGCAAGAGUGAAUUGUUAAGUGGGCCUUUGUGUUACGCGGUUACCAUAAUGCUCAUGACUGUGGUGUACUGGAGAACGUCUCCUGUGGGAAUGCUUGCUCUUGUCAUCAUGUGUGGUGGAGAUGGUGUGGCGGACAUUGUGGGGCGGCGGUGUGGUUCCUGGAAGCUUCCAUGGAAUGAGCAGAAAAGCUGGGCUGGCAGUGCUGCCAUGCUGCUGUGCGGAUUUGCUCUCUCAUUAAUGUGA